AUGGAGUGCUGUGUGACUGUUUCAAAGAAAAUCCCACGGAGCAUUCUGCGAUCGGUUUGCAGAUAUGAGAUACAGAGCAAAUCUGGUGUCUGCGACUUUGAUGCAUUGAUAUUACAUUUCAGAAACAAACUGAUCUGCGCUCAUCCCAGAGUGUUGAAGAAACUGAAGAUUCUCAAACACCAAACUGGCUUAAAUGCAAACAGGAAAUGA